UGAUCCAACUGAGGCGGGGGGUGGGCAGCGGACCCUGGUCAAGGCUUGGCGGAGAGCUCAGCUCUAGCCAAUCCCAAGGUUCAGCCUCCCGUCGUCAUCCCGCCAAGGCUUCAGCGACGCAAGACGCAACGAGGAAUUCCAAACCCCAAAUUUCCUGGAGACCUGCGAUUACUGCUAUGAUUCGAUAAAGGCGACUGCCCAGCAGCAUCAAUUUGCCAUGGUCGUUCAGCAGCACAUCCUGAACUGGCUUUACAGCGUUCUGACUAGCGAGUAUCACGAUGUGAACCGAACAUAUAACGAUGUAGCCCAGGCGCUCUCUCAAUAUCCGUCACUCUCCCCGAGGACAGACGUUCACACUUUCCCGAACGGCACCUCCGCCCUCCUCCUCCACCUAUCCGGCACGAUACCCGUACUAUUUAGAGGAACAACGUACCGGUUUCCGAUAUCUCUAUGGGUGCCACAUUCAUACCCAAGGGAGGCCCCUUUGGUCUACGUGACCCCGACUGAGAACAUGGUUGUCCGGCCUGGCCAACAUGUCGACCCCCAGGGGCAGGUGUACCACCCCUACCUCGCGGGGUGGCCUACAUAUUGGGAUAAAUCGAGUAUCCUUGACUUCCUUGCUAUCUUGAGGGACAUAUUUGCAAAGGAGCCACCUGUCAUAUCAAGACAACAACCCAGGCCAUCUCCCCCUCAGGAACUGAUUGCCACACCCCCCCCUGUCCCCCCCCUUCCUCCGGAUCUGGCCCCGCGGCCGACAAGCACUUCAUCGUUCCCUCGUGCAAAUGAAUUCCCCCAACCGCCGCCACCGCCACCGAAGCCGGGAGUUCAAACCCAACAGCACGUGCCUCCUCAAGUGCAGUCGCAAGGGCCGGGUGGCCCUCCAUUACCUCCCCUUCCACCCCAGAUGGCUAGGCCAGCAAGCCAGUACAGUGCACCUCCCCAUCAACAUCCUCCUCAACUGCAGCACCACCAACAGCAGAGCCCUAGCCAGUCGCGAUAUGAGUCCGCUCCGCCGCUACCUCCCCAACCCCAGGCCCCGGCCACGGCCUUCCCUGCUGGCCAACAUCCAUCUCCACCGGCCGGCCCACAGUAUCAAGCCCGACCCUAUUCUGUCCACCAGCAGGGCCUCGUACAGGUGCCCUUCUCACCAGAUGACCCAAGAGCGCCGACCACCUUUACGCAACCCCAGCCGUAUGGCGGCCCCCCACCAAACUGGCAGCCCCAACCGCCGCCCCCUACCCAGGCGCAACCGAAGCCGAAACCUCCACCGCCCCCUGACCUGAUGGACGAACCCCUGACCCUGGCCAUCCCCUCUUCCUCAGUACCGGCCCCACCCAUCCCGCCGAACCCCGAAAAGGACGCACUCCUCCACCAACUCGCCUCGACCCUUCACUCGGUCCGGCAGCGGUCGCGCGCCCAAAACGAGGCCUCCCUGCAGGGCCUCCAGGCGCAGCGCAAAGCCAUGCUCGCCGCGCUCUCGGCCCUGCAGUCGGACCUCUCGGCCGUGUCGGGCCUCUCGUCCCUCCUCGCCUCCAACACGACGAUCCUGCAGUCGUCGCUCCGCCAGGCCGACUCGGUCGUCGAGGGCUCGGCGCGCCAGGCGGCCCCCGAGCUCGACGAGCUCCUUGUCGCGCCCACCGUCGUCGCCAACCAGCUCUACGACCUCGUCGCCGAGGAGCGCGCCCUCGGCGACGCCAUCUUCGUCCUCGGCCGCGCCGUCGAGCGCGGCCGCGUCGCCCCCGCCACCUUCGCCCGCACCACCAGGAGCCUGGCGCGCGAGUGGUACCUGAAGAAGGCGCUGGCGAGGAAGAUUGCUAGGGGAAUGGGCCUGGCUGCGUGAGUGCCACAUCUGUACCGGGGGAGGGGCACUAUUGUCGGCGUGUUCUCUUUCUAGACCUUCGGCCCGAACGGUACGAUGGUCGAGGCGGACGCAUCCGCUUUCGAGUGCAACAGACACAAAUGCACCCUUCUCCCCGAGGCUUUGACCUGCCCUCAAUACUCGGGAAUCCAUCUCAUCCGCCCUAGUUCGACCAACGAGACUUCCCUCGCAAACCUACCGUCCCCCCAGUUUCAGCACAAUCAAGCUUCUACCCCCCCACAUUGCUUAUUUCUCUCUUCCCCGGAUACCAUUACGCAUCGACGCGCACCUGUUCCAUCCUCCCCUCCCGAAUUGUCACAGUCCUGGCGCUAUCCCCGGUUCCAGGGCGCCGCGUUCCGCGUCUC